GAGCGAGGCGGCCAUUUUCCGUUUCCGGAGUGGGUCCGCCGGCCAUUUUGCCCAUGGUUAGUAUCUGAGCCCGGGACGGUGCUCGCCCAUCCGCGCUCUCCCUCGUUCACUUCCCUCACAUCAUGCCCUGCUGUUCGCGCUCUCCCCUGGGCCCGCAACGUCUGUAACUGGCUCCUUCCCCUCCUCGCUCGGAGGGGUGCCGCCUCCCGCCGCCCCGGGGCCUGGCGCCGUAGGAUGCGGCCGUGCCCCCGAACACCUCACCUCGUGUGUCGGCACCACAAAGCCGAGGCUCCCCGGAGCGCGGUGGCUCCGGCCCCGAGCACCUGGAGCACAGAGUCGGGCCCCACAGUACGGCGACCCACAGCGGAGGAGAUUUUCCCUGCAUCAGGACUGACAUUAAAAUUCUGAUCAGCUUUCACUGCAGACCAGAGUUAGUUCACUCUAAAUCCAGAAAAUGUGAAAGCACUAUAUCCAAUGAACACUUAGAGUAAAAAUCCUGUCACUCCCAAGUUUACCUUUUGCUAUUCUGUGAAAGAGUAACAAGCUUGAGUCAGCGCUUCACAGCGUCAAGAUCUCUGGUUUAAUCUGGACCUUCAGUACUUCCUUUGAAAAGAUUGUACUUCCCCUUGUGAAAAUGUGGAUUCCUCCAGCUUUACCCCAUUACCCAAUGAUGUGCCGGGGGCAUGAAGUGUGUGAAGUUACCAUGUCUGGAGAGAAGGUUCCUGGGAAACUGAAAAGUCUGAAGGAAGAUAAGUCACCUGGACCAGAUGGUGUAUAGCCCUUUAAGAAUCACUAGAUUCUGGAAUGGUUGUGGAAGACUGGAAAAUUGCUACUGUCAGUCCACUCUUCAAGAAGAGAGAGGCUGAAGAAAGGAAACUGUAGGCCAGUUAGUCUGACCUCAGUGGUUGGGAAGAUGUUGGAAUCGAUUAUUGAGGAUGAGAUUUCAGGGUAAUUGAAGGCACCUGAUGAAAUAGGCUGUACUCAGCCUGGAUUCCUCAAGGGAAAAUCUUGCCUAACAAAUCUGUUGGACUUGUUUGAAGAACUAACAAGCAUGAUAAACAAAGGAGAAUCAGUUGAUGUGCACUUGGAUUUUCAGAAGGCCUUUGACAAGAGUGUGAAAGGAUUGUUGCAGUGACUCCAUCUGAUUCUGGCCAAAAGUGCUGGAUCAAGCCAACACAAUGAGUUCCCUUGAAGCAACAAUAAAGACUGAGAAAAGAGAUGAUGAGAUUGGAGUGAAUACUGAGUUGUGGCAAGAUGAAUCCAAAGAUCACAAGAGCAACAAUAACGUUAAUGAAAACGCACGUGAGGUAGCGGAGAUCUGUGUUGUGAUUGGUGAGGAUGGGGCUCAACGCUGUUCUGAGCAGAAUCAACCCAAUAGUCAAAACAGUGAUCUUGUUGAAAACCCUGGGAAAUCAAACCAAAUGAAUGACCAGGAGGAAAGCAUGGAGUGGAAGCCACAGCAACAGGCCUCACUCAGGGCCUAUAUAUGUGGUGCCUGUGGAAAGAAAUACAAGUACUACAGCUGCUUCCGGGCACAUGUGAGAGCACACCUAGAAAAUGAAACCUCUGCAUCAGCUGAAAAUUCUCCACAGGCAAAGAACUUUAGGUAUAUGUGUGACAUUUGUGGCAAGAAGUAUAAAUAUUACAGUUGUUUCCAAGAACACCGGGAUUUGCAUGCAGUCGAUGAUCCAUACGAUCACGCAGUUGAGGCACCAGCAGAGGUGAAAACCGAACAGGUGGAAGAAACUGUCCGCAGCCCUGGAUCAAAGACGGGUAGCUACAUCUGUGAAUACUGUGGCAAGAGGUACAAAUAUUACACUCCUUAUCAGGAACACGUGGCUUUGCAUGCAUCCUCUGAUGCAGAGAGUCCACUUGUCAAAAGAAAUGAAACCAAACUGCCAAAUGUAUGUGAAGAAAAUAACAGCUCCCAGAAUUCUAGUGGAAGCGCCAGUGUACACAAAUCGGAUCCUCCAUCUGUAAAAAAUGGUUCGACAUGUCAGAGCUGUGGAAGUGAACACAAACACUGUACCUGCUUAAGACAACAGACCCACAAUAGCCGCGCUAGAGAGCAGUACACGUGUGGGGCCUGUGGGAUUCAGUUCCAGUUUUACAACAACCUAAUUGAGCACAUGAACUCCCAUGCAGCUGAUAAUGAAAACAGCUUAACAAUUAAACAAGUGCAGUCACCGCGUACAACUGCAACCACUGCUGCUACCGCCACCACGUCUGCUGUCCCCAUCGCUGCUACAGCUACAGCUGCAUCUCCAGACAAGAGGAAUACCCACCGGCAGACUAACUGCACCAAUGACAUGAAUAGCUCGGCACUUGAUAAAGAACGCCAACACGUUGCUGAGAAGCUACUCAGGGUGAUGUGCGCUGAUCUGAAGGCACUGGCUGUGAUCAAUGGAAAAGACUUUGUCAAACUUGCUCAGACACUUGUAGACAUUGGUGCACGUUAUGGAUCCUUUCCUGUAGCUGACGUCCUUGGAGAUAUGAAUACACUUGCUCUGAAACAUUUACCCAGAAUGUACAAUCAGGUGAAGGUCAAAGUGACAUGUGCACUCGGAAGUAAUGCUUGCUGGGGAAUUGGGGUCACCUGCCAUUGUCAGAAUGUGGGGUCAGAGUCGUUCUACAUUCUAACAGCACAUCAGGUGGAAGGGUUACAGAUGAAACGGUAUGUGCUGGGCAUUAAAGAGGUUGAUGGGAAAGAAACCGGUGACCAGGUUCACCAGUGGGUGUUGAAUGUCCUUUCUGAAUUUGUAAUGUCAGAGAUGAGAACGAUUUAUGUCACGGAUAGCAAAGUCAGUUCUGCUGCUUUGUUGAAAGCUGGGAUAUGUCUGCGGUGUUCAGCCUGUGCAUUGAACUCCAUGGUAAGGAGUGUACUUAACGAAAGAACAUUGCAGGCACAAAACAUGCCAGAGGUUACUGAACUUGUGAGUAACUGCAUCCAGAUAAUGAGUUCACUGGAACAAGGUACUGUCACUCCAGAGUUAUCCAGCCUUCUUGAAGGACAUCAAGCUCCAUGUUGUUGGAAUUCCGUUGCAGACUCUCUCCUCCUUGUACACGAGAAAUAUGAACAGUUACGAGAAUUAAUCAGCGGCAGGAAGGAACUCAAACACUUCCAAAAUUGCAAUAAAAGUUUGUUGAACAAUCUUGCAGCUAUUUUGGCUCCAGUGAAGCAGGCUGUAAUCGAACUAAGUUGUGAAAACAAACCAACUCUGCAGCUCGUGCUCCCGACCUACAUCAGACUGGAGAAACUCUUCACAUCCAAAGCUAACGACGCAGGCAACGUGAGCAAACUCUGCCAUCUCUUUCUGGAGUCCCUGAAAGAAAACUUCAAAAUGGAGAACGCUCACAAGGUAGCAAUGGUGCUUGACCCCCACUCGAAGCACUUGCGGUCAGUGCCGCACUACCAGCAAGAGGAAGUCAUCAGUCGAGUGUGUGAAAUGAUUUCGGAUAUGGGACAGUCCUGUGAAGACGUUGUUGAAUUCCAGCCAGCGAGGAAGAGAGUGCGUGGGAUGAGUGAAAACACAAAAACUCCUGCAAACAAAGAGGCAAAUCAGGAUGAACGAAAGGAAGAAGUGUUUCAGUAUCUAAAGGAGCCGGUGCCCAAUAAAUCCACAGAUCUGUUUGGUUACUGGUCAAAUGCCACUCAGAAGCACCCAAAGUUAGCCAAACUUGCCUUUUGGCUUUUGGCUGUGCCAGCGGUUGGUGCAAGAAGUAGCUGUCUGAAUAACUUUGAGACAUUUUCAGGAAAGCAGAAGAGACAGCUGACACCAGAGGUGAUGAACAAGCUAAUGUUUCUGAAGUCAAACUUGCAGUAACUCCCUGCCUUGUCUGACACAUUGGUGCUCUAAAGCAGAACUUAACCCAGGUGGUGAAGUCCGUUUUAUUACAUAACCUUUCUUACUGUGAUCAUUUUGUCUUUAUUUCUGUGAUCUACGUUGUACUUGUUGAGACAUUCUGGGUGAGCUGCCCCUAAAGGCUCACUGGGUCAGUCCGGUGAGUGACUGGGAAAUCCACCCCAGGUUUGAUCCCUGAUCUGUACCGAGGAAAUUACAGGAGGGGACGGGUAUCAAUGGACUGUUUCUGGGCCGUGCUAUUAUUAACCUAAAUAAAUAGUUAGUGUUGUUCAUCGAACAUGUUGCCUGGACCAAGGAUGUGGCCAAUGUCGGUUGCACAGUUUGCAACAAAUUCCAUUUUAGUUGAAGUCACCAUAUCAGGACGGGGACUGGGGCAUGCACUAAGCUCUGGAAUCAAUCUGUAACCAUUUUAUUGUGCUUCCAGCAGCCACCGAGGUCAAAUCUACACACCCUCUAAUCUCUCUGCCACUGGCCUGUCUGUGUACCAAAUACGCAAAGAAUAAAAUAGUUUGUCUAAACUGUUAUGAAGACAGCAGUCAAUGGGAGAUGAGAUCGAUUCCCAGCCAAAGUUUGAGUCCUUCACAGUUUUACACUUUGCCUGUGUUUCUCUAGCUUUGUACUGAGAACCUCCUUUAACAUGAGCAAUUGUCUACAAUUGCAGUGUUGUGGAUGGUGCUUUUAUAUAUCACCUUGUCAAAAUUAAUGGAACUAUUAUCUUCUGAGAUGUCUGCUAUUUCAAAAGUGGUUAUCUGAUAGUCAUUUAUGUUAUUAAAAUGUCAUGUCUGAAUACAAAGUUCCCAGAUGAUGAAAUUUGAUGUCCAAAUUGAUGUGGAACUUGAUGAGAGUUUGAUAUUAAAUAUUUAUCAGUUCGGCUAAAGGUAUGUUUGACUUUCAGAUAGCUGCUAUGUCAAUGUAUGGAGCAAAGAUUACCUAAUUACCCCUCCUUUUGAGACAUACAAGGGGUGUUGAACUUUGUUUUAACUGGGUUUAUUUUCAGCUAAGGAAGUCAUACACUAAAAUUAAAUACAGAGGAUUCCAGUUAAUUGGGACACAUCAGGACCAGUACACAUCGGCUCAGUAAAGCAGCUGCCCAAAUAACCGAAGUUUCAUGGAAAUCAAAGUAUGUAUGCAGCAUACAGCCCUGAGAUUUGUCUUCCUGCAGGCAGUCAUGAAACAGAGAAACACCACCGAAUCUGUUCAAAGAAAACAUCCAAUACCCAAACAACAGGAAUUCUGCGGAUGCUGGAAAUUCAAGCAACACACAUCAAAGUUGCUGGUGAACGCAGCAGGACAGCCAGCAUCUGUAGGAAGAGGUACAGUCGACGUUUCAGGCCGAGACCCUUCGUCAGGACUAACUGAAGGAAGAGUGAGUAAGGGAUUUGAAAGCUGGAGGGGGAGGGAGAGAUGCAAAA